AUGGCGAAGGGAACUUCCAGCUUCGGUAAACGCCACAACAAGACGCACACGCUCUGCAGGCGUUGUGGCCGUCGCUCUCUGCACAUCCAGAAGCACACUUGCUCCUCGUGCGGAUACCCCGCUGCUAAGACCCGCAAGUACAACUGGGGCGAGAAGGCCAAGCGAAGAAAGACCACCGGUUCCGGCCGCACGCGAUACCUCAAGACCGUCACCCGCAAAUUCAGCAAUGGUUUCCGAACGGGUGCCCCCGCCGGCGCAAAGGGUCCCCAGGUCUCGUAA